AUGGAAAACAAACCAAGUAUAUUAACCGAUAGAUAUGAGGUUGGGAGAUUAUUGGGUCAAGGUACUUUUGCCAAGGUUUAUUAUGGAAGAAGUGUUCAUACAAACGAGAGUGUGGCUAUCAAGAUGAUUGACAAGGACAAAGUUAUGAGGGUUGGGCUUAGUGAUCAGAUCAAGAGAGAGAUCUCUAUCAUGAGGAUUGCUAAACACCCUAAUGUAGUUGAGCUAUACGAGGUUAUGGCAACAAAAUCAAGGAUUUACCUUGUUUUAGAGUACUGUAAAGGUGGAGAGCUCUUUAACAAGAUUGCAAAAGGCAAACUGAAAGAGGAUGUUGCUUGGAAGUACUUUUAUCAGCUUAUUAAUGCCGUUGAUUUUUGCCAUAGCCGGGGAGUGUAUCAUCGCGACAUCAAGCCAGAGAACCUGUUGCUUGAUGACAACGAUAAUCUCAAGGUUACUGAUUUUGGUUUAAGUGCACUUGCGGACUGCAAGCGACAAGACGGUCUACUCCACACUGCUUGUGGUACACAUGCUUAUGUUUGCCCUGAAAUCAUCGACCGUAAAGGAUAUGAUGGCACAAAAUCAGACAUUUGGUCUUGCGGGGUUGUCUUGUUUGUUCUUUUGGCUGGUUAUCUGCCUUUUUAUGACACCAAUCUAAUGGAUAUGUACAGGAAGAUAGGCAAAGCACAGUUCAAGUGCCCGAGUGGGUUUCCUCCUGAAGCAAAGAGACUAUUGCAUAAGAUGUUGGACCCUAACCAUGUGACAAGAAUCACCAUCUCAAGAAUCAAAGAUAGUUCUUGGUUCAGGAAAGGUUUACGCUUGAAGCAUAAAAAGAUUGAGAAACAAGUCGGAGAGGCUAGUGCCAUGGAAGCUGGAAGUUCAGGUGAAACCCGCGAGCCACCUCAGCUUGCAAGCCUGAACGCUUUUGAUAUAAUCGCCUUGUCUUCCGGGUUUGAUCUGGCAGGACUAUUUGGAGAAGUGUACAAGAAGCAAGAAUCAAGAUUCGCAUCUCGAAAAACUGCCUCAGAGAUCAUUUCUAAGCUAGAGGAGGUCGCCAAAAGCCUGAAGCUGAAGAUACGAAAGCAAGAUGCAGGAUUGUUCAAACUGGAACGAUCAAAGGAGGGAAGAAAAGGGAUUGUAUCGAUGGAUGCAGAGAUAUUCCAAGUGACGGAGACGUUUCACCUGGUUGAAGUGAAGAAAUGUAAUGGAGAUACUAUGGAGUAUCAGAAGCUAGUGGAGGAGGAUCUUAGGCCUGCUCUCGCAGACAUUAUAUGGGUUUGGCAAGGCAAGAAGGAGAAAGACGAGCAGCUAACGCGUGCUUCUCAGGAUGAACAAGAACAACAUGAACCAUUGUAA